AUGGCACGGCGCUGCCUGCGUCUGCUCCGCCGAGCAUACGCGUCGGAGUCGGGCGUUUUUCCCGCCGCCGCUGACGCGACGGCUUCCCUCGCGGGCCCGCAGCGACCGCGCCAACCGUCGUCCUCCGCCUCCGCGCCGGAUCCCGCGGCGGAGAGGCGGGAGGUGGAUGCGCUUCGGACGGAGCUGGCGGCGGCGCGGCUGCGGGUUGCAGAGCUGCAGCUGAGCCAGCUGGCGGCGCACGAGGCGUUGCUGCGUCGGCUGGAGGAGACGGACCGCGCGGCGCACAGGGCGGCGACGGAGCUGCGGUACACCGCGUUAGCCCUGCAGUGCAGUUAUGACCUCCUCGAGACGGAGCUGCGGCGCGUGUUGGUGCUGGGGCCGCACACCGGUGCCGCGGCAGGGGCGGCGUGUUCGACGGAGGAGGGCAUGGAGCCGCUUCGCCGAGCCGCGAUUGAGGCCGCGGCGAGGGAGAUGGUGCGCAAGAACAUUGGGUUCCGGGUGGAGAAGGUGUCGGAGGAGCCCGCCGCGGUGUCAAGAGCCACCAGCGACGCCAACACAUGA